CCAUAGAAAUAUAGUGUUAGUAAACGUUGCAACGUUGAAUGGUAUUGUGUCGUCAUGUAGGCUGUGUAACUUAGAAAUUUAAACUAUUAAUCAUCGUUAUCGCUCAAUUGUUUGUAAUAAAAAGUUUAUAAUAAUACUAAUUGCGUUAAAAAAAUGUUUUUUGUUAUUUUUCCAAUCGAAGACAAUUGAUUACGAUUUUUUUAAACAAAAAUAUGGGCCUCGAAAAUCAAGUGGCUUUAGUGACUGGAGCAGCAUCAGAAAUCGGACAAGCUUACGUCAAAAAUUUACUUAAAAACAGAGUCAAGGUAUUACUUUGCGAUGAAUGCGUCGAAAAAUGCCAUGCUAUAGUCAGUGAGUUUGAAAAAGAGUUCCAAAAAAUAAAUGUGCUUUCAAUAAAAUGUGAUGUGACCAACGAAGAAGAAUUUGAAAAUGUUUUUAAAACCUGUAUGAAGUAUUUUGGUCGACUUGAUAUCGUCAUUAACAACGCUGGAGUCUUCGACGAGUCAAUUGUACGAUGGUCCAGUGUAGUCAAUAUAAACUACGGCGGAGUUGUAAGAGGCACUCUACUGGCGAUCAAGUACAUGGGGAUUCCAAACGGAGGCAUUGGUGGGACGGUCAUACAGACGACUUCUUUUUUGGUUUUCGGUGGCUGUUUUUCUAAUACACCCUUGUACAAAUCAACGAAAAAAUAUAUAACGGACUUUACAAAAAGACUCGGGGGCAAGCGUCAGUUCGGUCUUCAUGGAGUUAAACUUAUAACGUUGUGUCCCGGAUUCACGGGCACUAAAUUUCCGGAAACAUUAAAUCAAAUCGAAUCGGUGAACGACAGCGUAGAACACGUCGAAGACAAUCACGGUUCAAAUAAUCAAAUGAUUUUACAGGAUUCUGAAAACGUGGGAAAUGCCUUGAUUAUCAUUUUGGAACAAGGAAAGAAUGGAGAGACAUGGAUUGUCGAAGACAAUAAACCACCAAGAUUAGUUGAGUAUUAAAUGAAAAAAGUUACUAGUAAUUAUUAUAAAUAACAAGUAAACAUCUAAUAUUUAGUUUACUCUUUAUUUUGUAUAAUACAUUUUAUAUUUACCAAACAAAUUUUUUUCAAUGGAAGUAGGUACAUAUAGUACAAAGUGUACUAGAUGAUGUAUAAAUUAUUAUAGAAUGUAAUUAUGA